AUAGAGAAUAGCUAAGGUAGAAAGUAAGAGAAAAUAUUAUUAUGGGAGGCGGAAUAGUGGAGGAAGCUCACAACGUUAGGGUUUUGGGUUCUGACCAAAACCCGACCGUGGUCCUAGCCCAUGGGUUCGGAACAGACCAAUCGGUCUGGAAACAUCUAGUUCCACACCUGGUUCAAGAUUUCCAAGUCAUACUCUUUGACAACAUGGGAGCCGGUACUACCAAUCCUGAUUUCUUCGAUUUCCAACGUUAUUCCUCCAUCGACGGUUUUGCCAUGGACAUAUUAGCCAUACUCGAAGAACUCCAAGUUCAAUCAUGCAUAUUCGUCGGUCAUUCUUUAUCCGCCAUUUCUGGAUUUCUAGCUUCCAUUAUCCGCCCUGAUCUCUUUCAAAAGAUCGUCACAAUCACAGCUUCACCCAGGUUCUUGAACGAUGUGGAUUACAUGGGAGGAUUUGAACAAGAGGAUAUUCAACAGUUGUUCAAUGCUACCGAGACCAAUUACAAGUCUUGGUGCGCCGGUUUUGCGCCGCUAGUGGUGGGUGGUGACCUAGAUUCGGUUGCGGUUCAAGAAUUUUGUCGGACGAUAUUUAACAUGCGACCUGAUAUUACAUUUUCAUUGGCAAGAACCAUUUUUAAUUGUGAUAUUCGAGAAUAUCUGCCUCGAGUAACUGUUAAUUGUCACUUAAUUCAUAGUUCUAAAGAUUUGGCUGUUCCGGUGGAGGUGUCGGAGUAUUUGCAUCGGAAUUUAGGAGGGCGUUCGAUUGUGGAGGUGAUGCCUACGGAAGGACAUCUUCCUCAGCUUAGUUCGCCGGAGAUUGUUAUUCCGGUCAUUCUUAGGCAUAUCAAAUGUGAUAUUGUAGACACAUGCUGAGAUCUGGUCGGUCGGUUUUGUAUAUUUGUGGGUCUUGUUUUUCUUUAUGGUAGAAUAUUGUGCCACGUUUUUUAAAGUUUCAUGAGUAAAUUCAACAGUUUGACUUUGUGUUUUGUUUGUUGUGUUCUUAUAUGAACAAAGUUAUGUUAUUUGAAUAAAAUCUUUGUUUGUGUUCUA